UUGGACGAUCUCUUUGGACUUUGACGGCUGGUCGACCCUUUUCAUGUUGAUGUUUUCCCAAGAACUCACUGUUCUACCGCCCAACCCCUCUCCGCACCUACGUCAACCCUAUUUGCGAGCUCACACAAAGAUUUAUGGACCCCUUUUAUUCCCCAUAAACUGUUCUUUCCCGGCCCCUAUCUUCCCCGCGACAAUUUUCUGGCGAUUGGCCAAGUUGGCGAGUCACCAUGCUUAGCCAUCCUGUUUCUUCCCUCCGACGAUUCAUUGGAGAUUGGCCAAGUUGGAUCCUCUAGCCGGAUUUUCUAUAGCCGCUACUCCUCCCAUCUUCUAAUUGGAGAUUUCACCAUAAAUCCCCUGCAAAUAACUUUGGACUGGCCGCCAAUCCUCCCGGAUCAUUGUCCACUCUGUUUUCCUCCGAUAGACUCUUGGCCUCAUGAUCUCCCUGCGAGUGAAAACAUGUCACCUGUUCAUCUCUAUUGGCCUCAUGAUCGCCCCCGGGAGAGAGCGUUGGAGUGCGCUGUUCACCACCUGCUCAACAGUGGCCACGUCGACAGUAGGUCCAGGCGCGGCGGAGACAGGAGCGGGAGCUGCAUAUGCCGGGCGAUCCGCUGUGGAACCGGCAGUAGCACGAGUAGCAGCACGCUGGGUCGACCUGCAAUCAAGAACAAUGUGGCCAUUGCGUUUACAAUACACGCAAAAAUUCUUGCGACGACAGUGCUUUUGGAGAUGUCCCCUCUCGUGGUAAUGGUGACACUCGAGCUCGUAGUCGGUAUGCCUCGCUGAAAUUGAGGCCUUUGGACAGCAGCAGCUAUCGACUGAGAGCGAUAAAUUAAAUGCGCCAUGCAUGCACAACUUGUCCAACUCUUUCUCGUUUGCUUCGUAUCGUAUGUAUGUGCGUUUCUUCUUAUUUGCGUCUUCUUAAUUAUAUUGUUGUGGUAACUCUUUUACCCUCUCUUCAUCAUACAUGCAUUAAUUUCUUCAGAAGAUUGGGGCCUUGUUUUUUCUUUUACGAUAUCCAAAAUUAAGGAGGAGCUACCAAGAUGAGGAGUUGAGAAUUGAGAAUGAUCACUACCAAUGUGAGGUUAAUAUCAUCGAACAUUGUUUCAAGAUAUAUAAUUACAUCUUAUUGCUAUAAAUAAGAGGUGAAAAUGACAUGUGAGGAAUAUUCAAAAAAUAAAAUAAAAUCAAAACGUGACAACUGCAAUGAUAUGUACACGGAUAAUGAUCAGGUUGAAAUGAGAGCCACUAAUUAUAAUUAAUUAUCCUCUGUUCUCUUAUUUUUAUUCUAUUUUGUUUUGCUUGGUGGGAGCAUGCUUAGAUUAAUCCUUUCCUUCCUAGCUAAUGUUAGCCGAAACGACAAAUUAAUUAAGGAUUGCCGUUGAUGACAGUGAUUAGUGAUGAUAUUGUUGUGGUCUGCACUGGAUCCCUUUUAAUUAGAACAAAAUUCAGAAUUAAUUACGGAUUAAAAGGAAGAUUAGCUAAAUUGGAUCCUAUGUAUAUUUGUGCAUAUAAUACACCCAUCCAUCUGAUCUAGAGGUGGCAAAUGGAUUGAUCCAUUGAUUGGAGUGGUGGAUUCAUGGAUCAAAUGGAUUGGAUCAAGUGGAUUGGUGGAUUAUCCAUGAAUCCAAAUGGCAUUCUCAACCAAUGACCAAUAUGUAAAAUGUGAAAAGUUAAAGACACAAAAAUGUCAUAAUGAAAAAUUUUAGGUACCAAAACAUAAUUUUUCAAUGAUAUUUUUCGAAUAAAAAUUAAAUUUUUGGUACCAAAAUGUAAAAUAUAAAAAGUAUAGAUACCAAACCGUAAUUUGCCAUUUGGAUCCAUGGACCAAUCCAAUUGGAUUUAAAUGGAUUGAAUUAGGUGGAUAUUUUUAAUAGAUUGGUAAAUUGGAUUGAGAAUUGACACCUUCAAUAUCAUCACAACAUACACUCCACGUACAGCUCAACCGCUCCCCUGUUGUCCUCCAGCAGCUCUCCCUGUCGACAGGUUCCUGCACGCCGGACGACGCAAAACCUCAUGGACGACGUCGAUCGGCGAUGUCUCAGUGGAUCGGGAAUCCAUCCCCGUAUAGUAGCAGUAUAGGAGAAGAGAGUGUGUUUUGAAGUUUGGAGAUAGAUAGAGCUGUAUGUUGUGCCUAUAGAGGUAUAACUCUAUACUUGUUGUAUUGGAUUGGCAUAUUUUGGAUCAUUGAUUAAUGCAAAGGAUCCGAUUCAACGUAAAAAUUUAUUUCAAUUAGAUUCAUUUUAUACAACUUCUUUGGUGUUUCCCUCAAAAUUUUGACGAUGCAUCAAGUGUCUACUUUUAAUUUCUUUUGUCUUUCCUCGAGAGGGGCAGGCUUAGAUAAUCCUUUCAUUCCUAGCUAGGGCCCGCGGCCAUUUGGCCGAUAAUGUUAACCGAAACGACAAAUUAAUUAAGGAUUAUGUGGAUGACAGUGAUUAGUGAUGAUGAUGUUGUGGUCUCCACUGGACCGCUUUUGAUUAAUUAAAAGAUUAAUAUUAU